GGAGGCCUUUUCUCGUACAAACACUGGCCUUUAACCACCGGCACAGAUAUAAACAGACUAGAGACAACAAGAUCCAAACAAACGUCGGCGUACGGCAUUGACUUUUAGGCAUCAUGGCAAACGUGGACGUAUCAAGCAAUCUGGAGCGUCAUGUUGCACGGAGGACCUUUCCUCUUCUCGCGCGCACAAAGGUUUGCCGUAACCUUUUCGGACCCGUGGAUCACGAGGAGCUGCACGGUGAAAUGAAACGCAAACUCCGGGAGAUCUCCGAGCGAGACCAGAGCCGGUGGAAUUUUAACUUUGAAACCAACUCGCCUUUGCCUGGAGAUUAUGAGUGGGAGGCGAUUUCAGAGGACACUGUGCCGUUUUUCUACAAGGAUAAAGUGCAAAGAGUUCGCGCCGCGGCGUCUCUUAAUGCAACAGGAGACGCGUCCAGCGCUGUUGACUGCGGGGUAAAUGGGGUUUCCAGGGGUCCGCUUGUUCAAGAAUCCGCGGACGUCCCCAGUCGAGCCAACGAAAUUAACCAGGAGAACCUCUCUGGUGCACUCAACUCAAGACCAGCUCGUUCUUCAGUCCUCAGAAACAGGCGGAAGAGGUCCCUCAUCCUAGAGACCCCCAGAAACAGCACGCCACAAAUGACAGACUUCUUCCCGAAAAAAAAAAGGACCCUGGAGUCCAAGCAGGAUGAACGUAGCUCGCUUCAAGCCGGCACAUCCACCAGCAUUGAAGUAACGCCACGCAAAACGAUAAGAUGAUGUUUGCACUCCAUGCAGCAGUCCACCUGUGUUUAUCUGCAGAGCGGAUGAACGAAAACGAGGGGAUGAGAAUUGUAC